CACACACACACACACUCACACCCACAUAUACAGCAGCCCUGGCCCUCUGGUGGACCUGGCCAUGCUAGUCGCCUGGCUAGCAGCUGUCAGCUUGCAGCAGCAGGAAGUGGUGGGCCUGGCAGACGGGCAACCGUGUGGGGUUGGGAGGGGUCCAGGCUCAUGUUGCAAUCCUGGAGAUUUGCGGUGGUGCGGGUGACGCUGCCUGACCAGGGGCCCUUCCUCCUACACUGUUCUGCUUCCUGGGACAAUCUCAGGCCUAGAGGCCAAAACCCAGAAUUCUCUAUGCCUGAGAGAGGUGACAGAAAAGAAGGUCUGUCUCUGCAGAACAGCUGGAGGGGGAUAAAGGGGACCUUGGAGAGAGGACAAGCCAGAGGCCCUGUCACGCUGUGCUUCUUUUGGGGGAAGUUACUUAAUUUUCUGUGCCUCCCUUCCCCUGCCCCCUUGCCUGUGGAAGGGCCACAUGGAGCUCUUCAUGGGGCAGUCUUGUUCAGGACCCAGCCACUAGUCAUGUCACCAGGUUAGGGAUGAAGCCCUGUGUCCCUAGCAUGUGCUUCUUCAGGUGGAAGGUGGCCAGCGAGCCUGGAGAAAAGAUGCAGAGCACAGUCAACUACCUGUGGCACACGGAUGACCUGCUGGGGCAGGGUGCCACUGCCAGCGUAUACAAGGCCCGCAACAAGAAAUCUGGCGAGCUUGUCGCUGUGAAGGUCUUCAACACUGCCAGCUACCUGCGGCCCCUGGAGGUGCAGGUGAGAGAGUUUGAGGUCCUGCGGAAGCUGAAUCACCAGAACAUUGUCAAGCUCUUUGCGGUGGAGGAGACAGGGGGCAGCCGACAGAAGGUGCUGGUGAUGGAGUACUGUUCCAGUGGGAGUCUGCUGAGCGUGCUGGAGAGCCCUGAGAAUGCCUUCGGGCUGCCCGAGGAUGAGUUCUUGGUGGUACUGCGCUGCGUGGUGGCUGGCAUGAACCACUUGCGGGAGAACGGCAUUGUCCACCGCGACAUCAAGCCUGGGAACAUCAUGCGCCUCGUGGGGGAGGAGGGGCAGAGCAUCUACAAGCUGACAGACUUCGGGGCUGCCCGGGAACUGGAUGAUGAUGAGAAGUUCAUCUCUGUCUAUGGAACGGAGGAGUACCUGCACCCCGACAUGUAUGAGCGGGCAGUGCUUAGAAAGCCCCAGCAAAAGGCCUUUGGGGUGACUGUGGAUCUCUGGAGCAUUGGAGUGACCCUGUACCAUGCAGCCACCGGCAGCCUGCCUUUUGUCCCCUUUGGUGGGCCACGGCGCAACAAGGAGAUCAUGUAUGCUGAGGCUCAAAAAGCGACUUUGUCCAGGGACAUGCAGAGACUCUUCCAGGGGCAAAAGUGGGGAAAGCAUGCAGCCUCCUGUUCCCAGGUCCAAGGUCUCCAUAGUUUCCGGCUGUCUGAUAGGAGCAACAGGUACCGCAUCACCACAGAGAAGCCACCUGGGGCCAUUGCAGGCACUCAGAGGCGGGAGAACGGGCCCCUGGAGUGGAGCUACAAACUCCCCAUCACCUGUCGCCUGUCCAUGGGGUUGCAGACCCAGCUGGUGCCCAUCCUGGCCAACAUCUUGGAGGUGGAGCAGGCCAAGUGCUGGGGCUUCGACCAGUUCUUUGCGGAGACCAGUGACAUCUUGCAGCGAGUCGUCUUCCACGUCUUCUCCCUGUCCCAGGCAGUCCUGUACCACAUCUACGUCCACACCCAUAACACGAUAGCCAUCUUUCUGGAGGCUGUGUAUAAGCAGACCAAUGUGGCCCCCCAGCACCAGCAGUACUUCUUUGAAGGUCACCUCUGUAUCCUUGAGCCCAACCUCUCAGCACAGCACAUCGCCCACACAACAGCAAGCAGCCCCUUGACCCUCUUCAGCAUAGCCAACGAGACCCCCAAGGGGCUGGCCUUCAGGGACCCUGCUCUGGAUGUCCCCAAGUUUGUCCCCAAGGUGGAUGUGCAGGCAGAUUACAACACCGCCAAGGGUGUGUUGGGCACCGGCUACCAGGCCCUGUGGCUGGCACGGGCCCUGCUGGAUGGGCAGGAGCUGAUGCUGCGGGGGCUGCACUGGGUGGUGGCGGUGCUCCAGACCAGAUGCAGGCGGACUCUGGAGGUCACCCAGACAGCCCCCAUCCUCAUCCUCAGCAGCAGCAUGGGCACCGAGAGGCUCAGCAGCAUGCCUGGGACACCGGAGGUCCAGGAACUGAAGGAGGCCACAGAGCUGAGGUCCAGGCUGCGGACUUUGGCUGAGGUCCUCUCCAAAUGUUCCCAGAAUAUCAAAGAGACCCAGAUGAGCCUCAGCAACCCGAGCUCAGAGCUGGUGAAGAGCCGGGAUCAGGUACAUGAGGACAGAAGUAACCAGCAGAUUCAGUGCUGUUUGGACAAGAUGAACCUCAUCUACAAACAGUUCAAGAAGUCUAGGAUGAGGCCAGAUGAGGAAACGGAGACACAGACACACAAAAGAUUAAGUAGCCCAGGGCUUAGCUACAAUGAGGAGCAGAUUCACAAGCUGGAUAAGAUGAAUUUUAGUCACCUAGCCAAAAGGCUCCUGCAGGUGUUCCAGGAGGAGUGUGUGCAGAAGUAUCAGAUGACUCUAGUCACACACGACAAGUGGAUGAGAGUGGUGCAUGAGACCAGCAACCACCUGCACCUGGUGCACUGUUCUGUGGCUGUCUGUAUCACGGAUGCCCGGGAAGCUCAGGAGAGCCUUGGCAAGAUCCUUGACCGGCUAUCUCAGCAGCUCCUUCAGGACAGAACAGAAGGGGCUCUGGUCUCACCACCCCCGGCAGCUCCUUAUUCUACACAAAGGGACCUGCUUUUCCACAUGCAAGAGCUCUGUGAGCACAUGAAGCAGCUGGCGUUUGACCUCCAGGAAAACAACCAAAUCAUUGAGCGGUUAAGUAGAGUCCCAGCAGCUCCUGAUGUCUGAGCUCCCUGGGGUGCAUGAAGCAUCCUGAAGCAUUAGAAGGAUUCAAACACUGCUCUCCUGUGCUGCGGGACCCAACCCAGGGUGAGAUCUGGUUCCAUCUCAUCAGCCUACCUCCCUCCUGGCCAAUGGCUAGGAGAUGUCACCAGCAUUACCUUCCACCGCCUUUCCCCCUGAGAAGCAGCCCAGCCCAGACUAGGACACCAGGCCAUCUCUGUCCAGACUCACAGUGAAGCGUGUGGCAGCUACUGCCUGGAAUGACAUUUCUCUUAUUCAGGCUCAGAUAUUGCUCCUCCUUACCCUGGCCUGUGUGGCUGAACCUGGCUGGGCCGUGGGGACAAGUGGAUGUCAUAUGCUAUCCCAUCCAGCCUAUGGCUUACAGAGCUUUACUCCCUGGGGAACAGGAGAAGAGACCUCCUGGGGUUUCCCCAGGGUGCUGGGUCAAAUGACCUCAUCUCCAUCUUCCUUCCCCUUGAGGUGUUUCACAUUGAACACAGCUCUGUCUACUCCCCAGAGGUUUCUGGGGUCACCACAUUCAUCCCCAAACAACACAGAGCCUCAUUUUCCUUCUGUCCUUGGACUGGCUGAACCUCAGAUUGAGCUAAUGAGUGAUCAAGGCCAGGUGCCAGUGCCUUGGGGACCCUUUUCCCAUUUUCCCCUCUCUCUGAGGCAACACCUGGGCCUGGGACAUACAGCCGGCCAGCAGUAACAGGUGGCCAUGCCAGCAAGCAUGGGCCUCUAAGUCCAGCACCCUGCACCUUUAGGAAAUGGAAUAAAUGUGGCCUUUUCUA